UUGAUUUGAUUUGAUUUGAUUUGAUUUGAUUUGAUUUGAUUCUUUAAAACAAAUGUAAAUUUAAAACCAGUCAUUUGUACAAAUUUUCUCGAAUGUAUUUUGUCUUAAAGAUCGAAUAAAAAGAACCCAUAGUUCCAAUUUCCUUAAAACUAGUAUUUUAUCACACCACACAUUCAUUACUCCUCCUGUAAUACAAUCUUUUGGUACCAUUAACAAGUUCAAAUAAAUGGCAUACUUGUCCAUUCUGACACUCCAUCCCAAUCCUUUCUCAGGGGUAUAUUAUUCCUUGGGAAAAAUUCUCACCCCCCCCCCCNCCCUCCCCCCCCCCUCCCCUCCCCUGGGGGUAAAUUUAAGAAAAUAUGCACCUCUGCUUCACAGUAUUGCAACUUCCUCACUGCAAAUUGAUCUCAGGAGUGGAUUGAAUGCAAUUAGUUUUUCUGUCCACUCUUCUAAUUUACUCCUCCUAGAAUCUGAGCAAUUGAAUUCUUUUGCAGAAAUACUUUCAGAUUGUUUUUAUGCAUUUACACGUCCAGCACUGUUUUUCAUUUAUUGUUAUUACGUUUGUUACAGAUGAAGAAUGGGAGAUAAGGAGGGGUUAGAUAAGCAGGUGAAUCCUGCACCUGGAGUAAAUACUCCAGAUAGACCUGGAGCUAAACCCUCUGAGCAGGUUCGAUCUUCUCCCCGAGUAAAGCCGGGUUCAAGAGCUCCGGUCGGAGGAAUGUCGGAGUUACAGAAGAUGAAAUCGGCACGUUUAGCGGAAAUGAAGGCCAAGAAAGAAAAGGAGAAGGAGGAGAGGACGGAUAAUAGAUUAGGAACUUAUAGAAAACCAACAGGAUUGGUUUAUGACUCCAGGAUGUUACUCCAUCACUGUUCCUGGGACCAGCAUCAUAUAGAAUCUCCGGAACGUCUGAGCCGAAUCUGGAGUAGGUGUGAGGAAUUGAAUCUGGUAGAACGAUGUAAACUGCUCCCUAGUAGGGAGGCGGAGAACUACGAACUCCUUCUCUAUCAUUCCCAGCAGUUUAUUGAUAUUUUCGAGAAGAGUCGAACCAUGAGUAGCGAGCAAAGCGAGAAAAUUUGCGAAAACUAUGAUUCUGUUUAUCUUUGCCCGGAUACGGCUGUUGCUGCCCGGCUAUCGGCGGGUGCGGCGGUUGAUCUGGUCGAAUCCGUCUUGGCCGGAGAAAUUCAUUGUGGGAUGGGAUUGGUUCGUCCCCCCGGCCACCACGCUAUGACGGACGAACUAAACGGAUUCUGUGGAUACAAUAAUGUAGUUGUAGCGGCAAAGAAAGCGUUGAACUCCGGCUUGAAACGAAUCUUAAUCGUCGACUUUGAUCUUCACCACGGUCAGGGAACUCAGAGGGCGUUCUAUGAUGAUCCACGUGUUCUUUACAUGUCGAUACAUAGAUACGAGGAUGGAAGAUUCUGGCCGCAUCUCCGGGAGUCUAACUUUGAUCAUGUCGGAGCCGGGGCUGGAGCUGGGUUCAAUGUAAACAUUCCGCUCAAUGUGAUAGGAUGCGGGAACAACGAGUAUUUGGCGGCCUUUCACAGAGUGUUUCUUCCCAUAGCGACAGAAUAUAACCCUGAGUUAGUUCUUGUUUCUGCAGGUUAUGACGCAGCUAUAGGUUGCCCAGAGGGAUGUAUGCGUGUUACUCCUGCAGCAUACGCUCAUAUCGUAUCCGCCUUGAGUGCGCUGGCCGGGGGGCGGUUGGUUGUUAUGCUUGAGGGUGGAUAUUGCCUUGACAGUCUCUCAGAGUCCGCCGCGCUCACCUUGAAAAUUCUUUUAGGAGAUUGUACUCCGUCCCUGCCAAGAACCUCUGCCAUUUUUCCAAGCGUACUUAAAUCUAUUCUUGGAGUCACCGCUGCUCUCCGCCCUUACUGGAAGUGCAUGCAGCUCCGCCCUGAACUGGACGAACUGGGGGCGGAGGAAAAGACAUCGAUCUUGAAUAAAUUUUACCCAACCUUGGCUUUUCAUCCGCCGGACGGAUUUCCCCCGGAGAAGUUUCCAACCCGAGAUUACUACCUCGUGUUCGACCCGGAGACAGAGUCCAAGCUGAAACUGGAGAUUGCGCACAUCAAUGUGUCGACAAGGUUGAGAAGGACGGAGAGCAGGGUGUCCCUGAUGUACGACGAGGACAUGUGCAGGCAUCGAGACGAUUCUCCGCAUCCAGAGUGCCCAGAGAGAAUACAGAGAAUAUACGAAAGAUUAAAGGAGACCGGAUUCCUUGAUCAGGAUGAUGUUGUUGAAGUAAUGAAAGGACGCCAACUAACUGAAGAAGAGGCAACUCUCGUACACUCUAAAGAUCAUUGGGAUGGAAUGUUGAUGACGUGUACAAUAAAUGAGACGGACAGGGAUGAACUAGCCGAGACCUUUAACUCCAUAUAUUUAAACCAGUACAGCUGGGACUGCGGGCUCCUGUCUGCUGGUGGAGUUCUUAGUGUUGUGGAUUCCGUCCUACAAGACUCUAGAGCAGGACUUGCUGUCGUUCGUCCUCCAGGACAUCAUGCAGAACAGGAUGAGCCGCAUGGUUUCUGUAUCUUUAACAACGUGGGAAUUGCUGCGGAAUAUGCGCGCUCCGUGCACGGCGUGGACAAAAUCCUUAUCCUGGACUGGGACGUGCACCACGGGAACGGAAUCCAACACAUGUUCUACAACUCAGACAAAGUUCUUUAUAUCUCCAUCCAUCGGUACGACCAGGGGUCCUUUUUCCCGGGAAGCUCGGACGCUGGGGUAGACAAGGUCGGAGAGGGACCUGGUGAAGGGUUCAAUAUAAACAUUCCUUGGAACUCCAAGAAGUGCGGGGACCUAGAGUACUUCCUGGCAUUUAUGAAUAUAGUUCUACCUGUAGCGUACCAGUUCUCUCCAAAUCUAGUUCUUGUGUCAGCUGGGUUCGACGCAGCACGUGGAGAUCCCCUGGGUGGAUAUAAGGUUAGCCCGGAGAUGUAUGGACACAUGACCCAUCAUCUAUCCGCCCUGGCUGAGGGUCGGGUUGUAAUUGCUCUUGAAGGCGGAUACAACCUUGGAUCUAUAUCGGAGUGCAUGUAUAUGUGUGGACGAGCGUUGAGAGGGGAUCCGCUCCCAAGCUUAGACCUGUCUGCUCCGCUCCGUCCUGAUGUAGUUGACACCCUGAGAGAGGUUCUAGAGGUUCACCAGGAUUACUGGAGAUGUUUAGAAGCGUCCUUGAUCGCUCUUCCAACAAGUUUAAGCAUAUUGUCAGAGUCUAGAGAUAGUGUGGAGGAAUGCGGAGAUACGCUGAGCUCCUUGAAUUUAUCCGUGACUAGAUCAGAACUUCUUGAAAAGGAAGGAUAAGAUACUUCUACAAUAUCUCCGAUCAUGUUUUACUUUUAGCUUGAACAAAAUAUCUAUUUGUAGCUUUUUUUUGAAAUACUGGAACAUUUUGCAUUCCAGAUGAAUACUAUUAGCAUUUAAAUCUACUUGUUACAACUAACCUCACAUUUACAAAUAGGUAAAACUAACCCUAACUAACUCUACUCACAAGCAAUUAUCGGAGAUUUUAAAUUUAAAAAAAGGUUUUUUAAAGUUUUUAAAAAAGUUAUCAAAUUUCUUUUAAUUUAGAUGCUGCUGAAAUUGAUAUUAACCAUAGUUCAAAUGUAUAUAUUUUCUAUUAAAUCGUUUAAUUUCCCUCUCUCCCCCUUCCUCAUGAAAAAAAAUUCCCCAGUUUGUUUCUUUAAUCCCUGAAUUUGAUGUUUCUGUAUUGGGGAAAUAUAAAAUUGAGGACAUUCAAAUUGUUUUCCUUCCGGAGCUUCGACGUUAUUAUUUAAGAUGUAUACCCCUGCCAUUGAUAUGGACCUUAAUACUUACACUUGCACUAAAUUUGUUAUUUGAUAAGCUAUAUAUAUUUAUAGUUAAAAAGUACAUAUGUAAUUUGUAUGUACUUAGAUUAACCUAUUAUUUUGGUAACCAUAAAUAUGAAAAUUUGUACUUUAAUAAUAAACUAAUCAGAUAAAUUGUAUUCCCAACAUUGUUAAAAAUCUAUUUUUCUGCCUUACUAUGUUCUUAAUUCAUAAUAUUUCUUUCUUAUCUUUUGAUAGAUGGUGAACGGCCAAACCACUUUUCAGUAAAUAUAUCUUCGACAUUCUACGAUGUCCUCAUCAACAAAACAAAACAAUAUCCAAAAAACGGAAUCAUUGAAAGAAAAAAAAACAUGGAUAAAAUAUUGAACAGUUAAAAUUUUUACUUGUUCAAUUUGCAUAUACAUUAGAUUUUAAGUCGAUACAUUUUUUAUAUUUUAUUUUAAUUUUUAAGUGUAACAUUGAUUCAUCGGUCGGUCGGACGGUUGAUUGAUUGAUUGAUUUAUUUAUAGAUGACGACAUAACAAUGUUAAAUUCUUGUUGAAUUCGGUUUGAACUGGAUCUGUAUCCCCGGCUAUAAAAUAAUAAAAUAAACAUGAAAGAGAU